AUAAUGUUCAUAAUUAAAUAUAUAAUUGCGACUCACCCCAUCACGCAUCACCCCACAUCACAAUAAACGCGCUAUUGUUCAUCUACAGAUCUACAGUAAAAAAGCUGUACUGCAAUAAUGGUUAACUUAGGUGAUGUCUUUCCGGAUUUCGAGGCUGAAACGAACAAAGGUCCCAUCAAAUUUCACCAAUUCUUAGGAGACAGCUGGGGGAUCCUAUUUUCUCAUCCUGCUGACUACACACCCGUUUGCACAACUGAACUUGGCCGUGUUGCCCAACUUGCCCCAAAGUUUGCAGAACGUAAUGUUAAAAUGAUUGCAUUGUCCAUUGAUUCACCCGAGUCCCAUAAUGGUUGGAUCAAAGACAUUCAAAGCUAUUGCUCAUUGAAAGGCGAUUUCCCUUUCCCAAUCAUUGCUGAUGACAAGCGUGAACUGGCUGUUAAAUUUGGUAUGCUUGAUCCUGAUGAAGUUAAUGCCCAAGGAAUUGUGUUGACAUGUCGAGCUGUUUUCAUCAUUGGGCCAGACAAGAAGCUCAAAUUGUCUCUCCUUUAUCCGGCUACCACUGGACGCAACUUUGACGAGAUUCUCCGUGUGAUUGACUCCCUCCAAUUGACUGCUAAAUACAAGGUUGCCACUCCGGUUGAUUGGCAGUCAUGGUCAAAGGUAAUGGUUGUCCCUUCUGUUAAACCAGAGGAAUUCAAGACAUUGUUCCCACAGGGUGUGGAAGUGGCCAAAGUUCCUUCUGGCAAAGGCUAUAUCCGAAAAACAGAUGCACCAAAGUGAUUUUAAACAUUACAUAUUUACUGAUGGUUUUUAUCUGGCAUACCUAAUAAUUGCCAUAGAAAUGUUACUGAAUACACAUACUCAAAAAAAUGAACUGUGUUUUCAUAUUACAUAAAUAAAGUCAACUAUCAUAA